UCCAUCCAUCGUCUGAUCCAGACUCUUUUUUUUUUUUGUUUUUAAAUGAUCCCCAUGUUGCUAUUCCCUCUCCUCUUCUGAUUUUGUCCUCACUUUCCCUUUUUCCACCCCGAUUCAAGUAAUCCACCACCCAUCUGAGCCAAAAUGCCCGCAUCCACACGCAUCCCCCCCAUCGCCCUCCCCUUUGUCAGUGACCGCGCCAAGAAGACCCUGGACCUGGUCGAACAAUUCGUCGAAAACGACUGCAUCCCCGCCGAACCCGUCUUCCAGGCCCAACUCGGCCAGGGCGAGCAACGAUGGACCGCCCAUCCGGAGAUCAUGGAGACCCUGAAGGCCAAGGCCCAGCAGUUGGGUCUGUGGAAUAUGUUCCUGCCCAAGAACCAUUUCUCGCAGGGCGCUGGAUUCUCGAAUUUGGAGUAUGGGCUUAUGGCGGAGUAUUUGGGGAAGAGUACGGUUGCUUCUGAGGCGACGAAUAAUGCCGCCCCGGACACAGGCAACAUGGAAGUACUGGCCAAAUACGGUAACGAGGCCCAGAAGCAGCAAUGGUUGACCCCGUUACUGGAGGGGCGGAUUCGAUCUGCGUUUCUCAUGACCGAGCCGGAGGUGGCCUCGAGUGAUGCGACGAAUAUUCAGUUGAAUAUCCGGCGGGAAGGGAAUGAGUAUGUCUUGAAUGGAUCGAAAUGGUGGUCCUCCGGCGCCGGCGACCCCCGCUGCGCCGUCUACCUCGUCAUGGGCAAAUCAGCCCCCAACCACCCAGACCCCUACAAACAGCAAUCCGUGAUCCUGGUCCCGGCCAACACGCCGGGCAUCACCGUGCACCGCAUGCUGACGGUGUACGGCUACGACGACGCGCCCCACGGCCACGGCCACAUCAGCUUCACGAACGUGCGCGUGCCCGCCGCCAACCUGGUGCUCGGCGAGGGCCGCGGCUUCGAGAUCAUCCAGGGCCGGCUGGGGCCCGGCCGCAUCCACCACGCGAUGCGCACCAUCGGCGCCGCCGAGAAGGCGCUCGAGUGGCUGAUUGCCCGCAUCAACGACGACCGCAAGCAGACCUUCGGCAAGCCGCUGGCCUCCCACGGCGUGAUUCUGGAGUGGGUCGCCAAGUCGCGCAUCGAGAUCGACGCCGCCCGCCUCAUCGUCCUCAACGCCGCCAUCAAGAUCGACCAGGGCGACGCCAAGUCCGCCCUCCGCGAAAUCGCCCAGGCGAAAGUCCUCGUCCCCCAGACCGCGCUGACGGUCAUCGACCGCGCCGUCCAGGCUUACGGCGCCGCCGGCGUCUGUCAGGAUACCCCGCUCGCCUACAUGUGGGCGCUGAUCCGCACGCUGCGCAUCGCCGACGGGCCCGACGAGGUCCAUCUGCAGCAACUAGGUAAGCGCGAGAAUCGCGACCGCAGGGCCGAGAUCGUUAAGAAGUUGGACUGGCAGAGGCAAGAGGGUGAGAGGCUGUUGGGGCAGACCGGGUUAAAGAUCAAGGGUCGCUUGUAGUGUAGUUCUUGCUUGGAUGAUGAUACUCUAAUGGCCAUGGGGUCUUAGUUAGACGUAUAGUACGGAAGUAAUCCUUUGAGGGGGCAAAGCAAAGCAAAGUGAUUGGGGAAUUAGGAAAUGUUUUGUAUGUGUAGUCAUAUGAACUGUCAUGUCCGAUUCAUUCCAUACCCUCUCAUUCCCAUGCAAUCCCGACCGAAAAAAGACAAGGAAAGAGAA